GCGGCGGCGGCGGAGCCAUGGCAACCGCCCGGAGAGGCGGGACCGGCCCGGGGGAGGAGCGGGAGCAGCAGGAGCAGCAGGAAGCAGUGGCUGCCUGCGCCGCCCGAGGGAGCGCUGCUGCGCGCUCGGAUGGAGCCGCGAUGACUUUCAGCGCGCAGAAAUGCGGGAUCUGCUUCCAGCCCCCAUCCAUCAUCCUCAUCUACAGAGACAGCAGCCAGGACAAGACUCGCCAGCGCAUCAUGCCCAUCAGGAAUUUCUCCAAGUUCUCAGACUGCAGCAGGGCUGCCGAGGAGCUGAAGAACAACCCUCGGCACAAGGCCUACCUGGAAGGGGUCUCGCUGCGCCAGCUCCAGAAGCUCUACAGCUUGCUGAGAGGUCAUUUGGAAGGACAGAGCCUGGCUGAGAGCUUGGAAAAGUUUCAGCAGGAAGAGACCAUUGACCCAGAGGAGGAUAUGAACAAACUGGAUGACAAGGAACUGGCCAAAAGGAAGAGCAUCAUGGAUGAGCUCUUUGAAAAGAACAGGAAGAAGAAGGAUGACCCUGACUUCGUUUACAACGUUGAGGUGGAGUUCCCACAGGAUGAGCAGCUGGAGUCCUGUGCUUGGGACAUGGAGUCGGAUGAAGAAAUCUGAUUCCAGACAAAGAUGGGCAGUUCAGAGACAAAUCUCAGUGUCCCAGCAGAGAGAACAAUGUCAUCACAUGUUGGCUCAGGAGAGCUUGAGGUGCCACAGCAAUCCCAGGCUUAAGUGAGCUUUGUUUAAGAAGCCAGACUUGAUUAAAUGGAAACUGCAUAGCUGAAA